AUGUGGUCAGAAGCAGUGCAAAAAGGGACUUCCUUACUACGUCAUUCCCCUCGGUGCUUCACACUGGUAUCUCUGACGCCCAGGUCAGCUGCUACUGACUCGGGGACUGUUCUGAAGUUGUACCUGCUUGUGAAUUCGGGUGAAGAUCUGAACAGUAUUAAGGCUACAGAGACAGAUGUGAGGGGUGGUGAGCAGAGUAGAGAGGACAUUCCUACAGAUAACCGUCCAGAUGACUGUACCAGGAGCUCAGUGGAACAUCUGAUAUCUUCAGAUUUUAAGACAGAUAAUUAUGGUAUAAAGCAAGAUAUAUAUGAAGCGCAUGCUAUUAUCCCAGAUGAAUCCCCAGCCUUUCAUAGGAAAGAUCUAUCAUCUGAUCCUUUGGUUCAAGUCCACUCUAAUGAUUUAUUACGGACCAUUAGGCAAAAUAACUGUCACAGAAGUAGUGUUCAACAUCAAAGAACUCACACAGGAAGGAAGCAAUUUGCAUGUUCAGAAUGUGGGAAAAGUUUUAAAACAAAAUCUGAUUUUGUUAAUCAUGAGAGAAGACACACAGGGGUAAAGCCAUUUUCAUGUUUAGAAUGUGGGAAAAGUUUUAAGUACAAAUCCAAACUUGUUAUACAUGGAAGAAUUCACACAGGGGAGAAGCCAUUUUCUUGUUCAGAAUGUGGAAAGGGUUUUAAAAAUAAAUCUGAACUUGUUAUACAUGAAAGAAUUCACACAGGUGAGAAACCAUUUUCAUGUUCAGAAUGUGGAAAAUCUUUCAACCAGAAGGCAAAUCUUGUUACACAUGAGAAAAUUCACACAGGGGAGAAGCCAUUUUCAUGUUCAGAAUGUGGGAAAUGUUUUAUAGAUAAAUUAAAACUUAAUAAACAUCAUAAAAUUCACACAGGGGGGAAGCUAUUUUCAUGUUCAGAAUGUGGGAAAUUUUUCAACCGUAACUCAAUUCUUAUUAAACAUCAGAGAAUUCACACAGGGAAGAAGCCAUUUUCAUGUUCAGAAAGUGAAAAAUGUUUAAUAGGUAAAUCUGAUCUUGUCAAUCAUGAGAGUCAUACGGGGGAAAAGCCAUUUUCAUGUUCAGAAUGUGGAGAGUGUUUUAACUAUAAAUCACAUCUUUUUAGACAUCAAAGAAUACACACAGGGAUGAAGCCAUUUUUAUGUUUAGAAUGUGGGAAAAAUUUUAACGAUAAAUCACAUCUUUUUAGGCAUCAGAGAGUUCACACAGGGGAAAAGCCAUUUUCAUGUUCAGAAUGUGGGAAAUGUUUUAUAGAUAAAUCAAAACUUGAUAGACAUCAUAAAAUUCACACGGGGGAGAAGCCAUUUUCAUGUUCAGAAUGUGGGAAAUCUUUCAACCGUAACUCAAAUCUUGUUACACAUCAGAGAAUUCACACAGGGGAGAAGCCAUUUUUAUGUUUAGAAUGUGGAAAAAUUUUUUACGAUAAAUCACAUCUUUUUAGGCAUCAGAGAGUUCACACAGGGGAAAAGCCAUUUUCAUGUUCAGAAUGUGGGAAAUGUUUUAUAGAUAAAUCAAAACUUGAUAGACAUCAUAAAAUUCACACGGGGGAGAAGUCAUUUUCAUGUUCAGAAUGUGGGAAAUCUUUCAACCGUAACUCAAAUCUUGUUACACAUCAGAGAAUUCACACAGGGGAGAAGCCAUAUUCAUGUACAGAAUGUGGGAAAUCGUUCAACCGUAAAUCAGUUCUUGUUAUACAUCAGAGAAUUCACACAAGG